GUAGGCGUCAACAGCACUCCUGCUUCUCUGCGGCUGUGCGUUUCGGGUGCGAAACACCGGUGUGGGCAGCAAUCUGUAUAAACCAUGGAGCAGAUUAAUAAUAUCGAAGUCGUUCCGUGCACGAGCUCCAAUUAUAUGAAACCGUUCAGGGUGCACUAUAGCCAGAAUGGAACGAGGAAGUCCUGGGACUUCAUGCGCACACAUGACAGUGUCUCAAUCCUGAUCUUCAAUACCAGCUCACACUGCUUCAUCCUGGUCAAGCAGUUCCGUCCAGCGGUGUACAUGUGCGAGUGGGAGAAGCACCAGCCCGCGCCGGCCGGGGAGGAGGCCGGGGGAGCGGGGGACGCGGCGGACGCGGCGGGCGAGGAGAAGGCCAGCGGAGCGGGGGACGUGGCGGACGAGGAGAAGCGCUCCCGCCUGCCUCCGGCCUCGGCCGGCGUCACCUACGAGCUGUGCGCCGGGCUCGUGGACAAACCCGCCCUCUCCCUGGAGGAGAUCGCCCGCCAGGAGGUCCUGGAGGAGUGUGGCUACGACGUGCCCGUGGCCAAACUGAAGAGGAUUACCUCCUACAGGUCGGGGGUGGGCGUGACCGGCGCCAGGCAGACCAUGUUCUACGUGGAGGUGUCGGACGAGGACUGCGUGGGCGAGGGCGGGGGCGAGCCGCAGGAGGGCGAGCUGAUUGAGGUGGUGAAGGUGCCGCUGCAGGAGGCCAUGAACUUUGCCUACGACGAGAACAUCCCCAAAACCAUGGGCGUCAUCUUCAGCUUCCUGUGGUUCCACAGCAACAUGGCUCCCAAGUACAAGAUCUCCACCAAUGUGUAACGACAACCCAUAUCAUUCCUAUCAUCGGCCCAUUGGUGGGUCUCCUGGCGGACAUUUUAUGAGUAUUUUGAUAUGUUAUAUGUUUCUUUUGGGUCGUCACUGCUUUCCUUUUCACACUUUCAUUUCAGGACAAAAGCCUGUGUCAUACUGCACUUGUCAUUAUCACUGUGGUAAUUCUUUGUAUUGUUAUUAGUCCUUUUUUUUGAAGAAUUUGUGAGUUUAGAGCAGCGAAUGCGCUUUGUUAAUGCAAUAAGCCAUCACUUAUAAGAUGAAGAGUUCAAGGUCAUAAACGGUUUUUCCAACUGGAGGUUGCCUCUUACUGGGGCAGCAGUCCAACUAAAAAGGGGACACAUUACAUGAUUUUUCCAAGUGAUUUAGUUAUUUAGCAACUGAUGUCAUUGCACAUUUUCUGUCGUAUGUGAAGCACACACAUAACAGUGGCUGUCUUUGAGGAACACAAAAAUAUGGAAAAUAGACGGACACAGUUCUCUCACGAGAACAUCGUUUUUCAUGAUACACCUGCACUCCAGAGAACCUUUUUUUCCCCCACAAUAUUUUGAAGCCACAAUCAACAUGGAACCCAUACAGCUUGUGACAGUUGUGGUUGGUGCUGUGAUUUGCAAAGUCACUCUUCAUUUUUAGCACUCCAGAAAACAGGUUUAUUAAGCUCAGCCUUCGAAGUGUUGAGUUUUGAGGAUUAUGCAAAGACCAGCCCUGAUAAAAUCAGACGUUUGAUUUAAUCGGUGCGUUGCCGGCUGAGGUCGUACGUGGCAGGUUUGAGUCUUUCGCUCCUGCACACGUACCGUAACAGCUGUGACAGUGCAACUAUUAUAAACUACCCUGGACUACUGCAGACUGCCCAAUCUCCAAUCGUUGCCAAAUCAGGCUUGAAAAUCAUGCAAUGUGUCCCCAGCUUAAGGGGGAAAUGGGGAAUAAUUCCCCUUCUUAAAUUUCCUGUUUUGUACAGAAAAUCUUAAUGGGUUAUAGCCUAUAUCUGCUGUAAGGGAGCAGUUCUCAGCGCUCACCUAGGAAAGUAAGUUCAUGGCACUUGGGGGUAAUCACACAAAAAAAGCACUUGUUCUCUCAGGUCAUAUUGGUAUGAGGACUGGUCACAUUCAGGGACACAUAUCAAUCAAACUGUUGGGUGAAGGUGUGAUGAAGUUCAAUCAGACAAUAGUGCAGUUUAAUUAUGUUGCGGGGACAUCACCAGAAUUACACGACAAUAUACUAUUUUGAAGAUAUUGUUCCUCCUCUGGAGGAAUAGCUGGAAUAACAUUUGUGCACAGUUUUCAAGAGAUGCAUGACUUUGCUUGAGUACCUGAUAAAUUAUAAUGAACAUAAUCUAAAAAUGUAGAUUAACAAUGACAGACACAAGUCAUAAACUGUUGUUGCUUUCAAACUGCAUAUGAAUCUAUUUUUUUUUUUACCCCUAACUCGACAAAUUCAAAUAAAAAGUACUGGCUUUCUUUGUUCGCAGUUGUACAGUUAUGUUGAAAGUUUUGACAUUCCCAUAGUUACUAUAACUUUUUUUUUUUACUUUUGAGGCAAUAGUGAAAUUAUCUGCAAUAAUACUAACUGCUUUUGGAGCGAUGUUGGCACACUGUGCUAUCUGUGCGUAUGCUUGGGUCUGUGGCUUUCUGGGUUAUUAGCGCUCCUGUUGGGUUCAGAAGAGGUCAAAGGGGCGGGGCUGUUUCUUGGUUGUACAGGUGGCGUGUUCUCAUCAGUGUGCCCUUACUGGAGCCAGAGUUCACAAACCGAAGGUCAAAGUUGUACAGUCAGUAGGGUAUAAGUAUAACGGCUCGAUUUUUAACACCGUUUUUAGAUUUCUACUUUUCUUUAAAUGUGCUGACAUUUUAGUGGCAAACUGCCUCACUGGUUGUGACCCUGUAUUUAUAUAAACACAUUACUUUAUCACUAUAUUCAGCCCUCUGGUUUAAAAAAAAAUGUUAUUAAUCCAUCUUAAUCAUUGUCCACAGCAUUUAACCAGUAUUAAAAAACGAUUUUAAAUUAUACCAAAAGCACACUUUAAAUCGGCAUUGUUGUACUGUUGUGUAAUGGUUACAGCUGUCUUACAAAUAAAACAUUUGUAAUGAGGAAGAUACAAAUAAUUUGGUUCACGAGCCAGUCAAAUUAAAUAAGUGGUCUGAAUGCAUGUAGGAAAGAGAAAUGCAUGUAAAAUAUGAAUUUUGGGCUAAGUAUGUUGUUUGCUUUGGGAUGCAACAAGCAGACAUUGCAUAAUGAAAUCUUAUUUAUAUAAUCCUGUUAGCAUGGUCAUGGUGGAAUCCAUUUUCCAUUUUAUUGUAGAUGCCAAUAUUAAGUUUCAGAGACUGUCCAGGAAGAUCUAGCACAAAAUUGACAAAUCACAAUCAACAUCUAAGACUACUGUCAGCUUUUUAUAUAGAGUUUUUUUAACUUAAAUUUUAACUAGUAAUUUGUUUUUGUUUUGAGAUUUUUUGAGAAGCAGCAUUGAAGCAAGGAUCUCAACUGGCAUUAUAACAUUUUUGUGUUUAUCAAUACCUGUGUGUGCUUGAAUUAAAUUGAAUUUUAUUACCUUGUGAUAUUUCUGUUUGUAACUUAAUUUUGUAUUCAUAAUCUGUUGCAUUUUAACACCUCCUUUUUAUGAUGCAGCAUAAUUUCAAAUAAUGAAUUGAAUGUGUACUAUAUUUCCUUGAUUUUCAGAGUAAAAUGAAAUUGUAAUAAAAGGGUUUGCACUUAGA